AUGUAUUUUACACAGACAGUUGCCCUUCAAGCUCUGAAGAGGAAAAAGAGAUACGAGAAACAAUUAGCAAGCAUUGACGGCACCUUGUCAACAAUUGAGUUCCAGAAGGAGGCUCUAGAGAAUGCCAAUACCAACACAGAGGUCUUCAAGGUCAUGGGGGAUGCAGCCAAGGCAAUGAAGGGAGCUCACAAAGACCUAGAUGUGGAUCAAGUUCACGAUAUGAUGGAUGAGGUGGCUGAUCAACAAGAGAUAGCCAAUGAGAUAUCUGAGGCUAUAUCUAAUCCAGUAGGCUUUGGGGAGGAUGUGGAUGAGGAUGACUUACUGGCUGAGUUAGAGGAGCUGGAACAAGAGGGCCUGGACGAACAGCUGCUGAAUGUCGGUCCUGCCUUGGAUGACUUGCCUUCUGUUCCUACCCAGGAACCUAAAACCAAGAGGAAAACAGCACGGCCUGAAGAGGAUGAUGACAUGAGAGAAUUGGCAGCCUGGGCAAGCUAG